GGAACGGCGCGGUUGGGAUGCGAGCGCGAGCAGGACGCUCGAGAAAGGUGAGGUUUCGUGAACGUGGCGCGGGGCGGCUGCAGAUGUUCGAUGACGGUUGGUGACAGUUGUGAUCGGCGCGUUCGAGGCGUGCGUUAAAGAGGAGCGAACGAGAAAUAGGAGAAGAGACAGGGUGAUCGCGAAAGUACGUACGAGAGGGAAAGAGUGAGUGAGAAAGAAGAAACGCCAAGUCUCUUUUUACCCCCUCUCGCCGUGUAUUUUGAUCGCGAUCUCGAGGAAGACGAGAAGCAGCUAAUCGGACCGAGACGCUCACUUGCUCGCGAGGAGGGCGAGUCCGUCCUUUAGAGUCGCGGCAGUGGUGGUGGUAAUAGUGGUAGUGCGGUAGUGUGGCAGCAGUGGUGUGGUGGUGGGGUGGUAUCCUCGCACUCGUCGUCGGUUGCGCAUCGUGGCGACAGCUAGUAGCGGCUGCCGCCGUCGUCGUCGUCGUUGGACUCGGUUAGACUCUGCCCCGAGUCGAUCGUGUCGCGUAUGCGAGUAACGUUAUUCCGAGUACGCGAGUAGUUAUCGGUGAGUACACGGCUACGGCACCGGGAAAGAGAGGAGAGGCGUGAGAUAGAGAGAGAGAGAGAGAGAGAGAGAGAGAGCGAGAAAGAGAACAAGGUAUCGAGCAGCAGCAGCUUUACCGCGUCGUGUGCGCGCUCGCUAAACAAAAAUGGCGGACGUGGACUCGAGGGUAGACCGGUCCGAUCCGGAGCUGCGCUUCUUGUCGGUGGACAGGAACAACUUCAACGACCCGGCCACCCAGGCGGAAUGGACGCAGAAGAAGCUGGUAUGGGUGCCGCACGAGACCCAGGGCUUCGUCGCCGCCGGCAUCAAGGGCGAGCGCGGCGACGAGGUCGAAGUGGAGAUCGCGGAGACCGGUAAGCGCGUGCUCGUCGCGAAGGACGACAUACAGAAGAUGAAUCCGCCCAAGUUCGACAAGGUCGAGGACAUGGCGGAGCUUACCUGUCUCAACGAAGCCUCCGUUUUGCAUAACCUCAAGGACCGAUAUUACUCCGGACUGAUUUACACAUACUCUGGCCUCUUCUGUGUCGUAGUAAACCCCUAUAAAAGACUGCCGAUAUACACAGAGAAGAUCAUGGAAAGGUACAAAGGCAUCAAGAGACAUGAAGUGCCGCCGCACGUCUUUGCCAUUACUGAUACGGCUUAUCGCUCCAUGUUGCAAGACCGCGAGGAUCAGUCAAUUUUGUGCACUGGCGAGUCCGGCGCCGGCAAAACCGAGAACACGAAGAAAGUGAUUCAAUAUUUGGCUUAUGUAGCCGCGUCGAAACCCAAGUCUAACGCGACUCCGAGCCCGGCAUUAAUCAUAGGAUCUGGGAGUGUCACGGAAAAGUUUGCGGGCGAGUUGGAGCAACAGCUUCUUCAGGCAAAUCCAAUUUUAGAAGCGUUUGGCAAUGCGAAGACCGUGAAGAACGAUAACUCGUCUCGUUUCGGUAAAUUUAUCAGAAUAAAUUUUGACGCGUCCGGUUAUAUAGCCGGUGCAAACAUCGAGACGUAUCUUUUGGAAAAAUCGAGGGCUAUUCGACAAGCGAAAGAUGAAAGGACUUUUCAUAUAUUUUAUCAACUAUUGGCAGGUGCCUCACCGGAACAGAAGAAGGAAUUUAUAUUGGAAGAUCCGAAACACUAUCCUUUCCUAUCUAACGGGGCUCUACCAGUGCCAGGUGUUGACGAUUCCGCCGAAUUCUUCUCCACAGUAAAGUCUAUGCACAUCAUGGGCAUGACCAACGAGGACUUUUCCUCCAUCUUCCGUAUCGUUUCCGCCGUGAUGUUGUUUGGCUCGAUGCAAUUUCGGCAGGAACGGAAUUCUGAUCAGGCGACGCUGCCUGAUAAUACGGUGGCACAGAAAAUCUCGCAUCUAUUGGGUUUGAGCGUUACCGAGAUGACGAAAGCCUUCCUGAAGCCGCGUAUCAAGGUUGGCCGUGAUUUUGUGACGAAGGCGCAGACGAAGGAACAAGUGGAGUUUGCCGUGGAGGCGAUCUCGAAAGCCUGCUACGAGAGAAUGUUCCGUUGGUUAGUGAACAGAAUCAACAGAUCACUGGACAGAACGAAGCGACAGGGUGCCAGCUUUAUUGGUAUACUGGAUAUGGCCGGUUUUGAGAUAUUCGAGUUGAACUCCUUCGAGCAGUUGUGUAUUAAUUACACGAAUGAGAAGCUGCAACAGUUGUUCAAUCACACGAUGUUUAUUCUGGAGCAGGAGGAGUAUCAGCGUGAAGGAAUCGAAUGGAAGUUUAUAGACUUUGGAUUAGAUUUGCAGCCAACAAUUGAUCUGAUUGACAAGCCAAUGGGUAUUAUGGCACUCUUGGACGAGGAAUGUUGGUUUCCCAAAGCCACGGACAAAACGUUUGUAGAAAAACUAGUUGGCGCUCAUAGCGUUCACCCAAAAUUCAUGAAGACCGAUUUCCGCGGCGUGGCCGACUUUGCGAUUAUCCAUUACGCCGGCAAGGUGGAUUAUUCUGCCGCUAAGUGGCUAAUGAAAAACAUGGACCCGUUGAACGAGAACGUUGUCAGUCUUCUGCAAGCCUCGCAGGAUCCGUUCGUGUGUCACAUCUGGAAGGAUGCCGAGAUUGUCGGUAUGGCACAGCAGGCACUCACGGACACGCAGUUUGGCGCGAGGACGAGAAAGGGCAUGUUUAGAACAGUCUCGCAAUUGUAUAAAGAACAAUUGGCCAAGUUGAUGGUGACACUGCGCAAUACGAAUCCGAACUUCGUCAGAUGUAUAAUUCCGAAUCACGAAAAAAGAGCUGGUAAGAUUGAUGCACCGCUCGUGCUAGAUCAACUUCGGUGCAAUGGAGUAUUAGAGGGUAUCCGCAUCUGCCGGCAAGGUUUUCCCAAUAGAAUUCCGUUUCAAGAAUUUAGGCAACGCUAUGAAUUACUCACUCCGAAUGCUAUUCCCAAGGGAUUUAUGGAUGGGAAGAAGGCUUGCGAAAAGAUGAUUCAAGCAUUGGAGUUGGAUCCGAAUCUUUAUCGUGUUGGACAAUCCAAAAUCUUUUUCCGCGCCGGAGUGUUGGCACAUUUAGAGGAAGAAAGAGACUACAAGAUCACGGAUAUAAUCGUCAAUUUCCAGGCUUUCUGCCGCGGUUUCUUGGCUAGGCGUAAUUAUCAGAAACGCUUGCAACAGCUUAACGCGAUUCGCAUUAUUCAGAGGAAUUGUGCGGCCUAUUUGAAGCUGCGUAACUGGCAAUGGUGGCGGUUGUAUACUAAGGUAAAACCAUUGUUGGAAGUUACUAAGCAAGAGGAGAAACUUACGCAAAAAGAGGAUGAGCUGAAGCAAGUUCGCGAUAAGCUGGAGUUACAGCUGCACUCGGCUCAAGAGUACGAGCGUAAAUAUCAGCAGGCAAUUGAAGAAAAAACUAUGCUGGCUGAGCAAUUGCAGGCGGAAGUCGAGCUCUGCGCGGAAGCUGAAGAGAUGAGAGCUCGACUGGCCGCAAGAAAACAGGAACUUGAGGAAAUUUUGCACGAUCUGGAAGCGCGUAUCGAGGAAGAAGAAGAGAGAAGCGCCGCGUUGACUCAGGAGAAGAAAAAGCUACAGUUGAAUAUCAGUGAUUUGGAAGAGCAGUUGGAAGAAGAGGAAGCUGCCAGACAAAAAUUGCAAUUGGAGAAGGUCCAAUGCGACGCAAAAAUCAAGAAAUUAGAGGAAGAUCUUGCCUUGUCGGAUGAUACUAAUCAAAAGUUGCUAAAAGAGAAGAAAAUUCUUGAGGAGCGCGCCAAUGAUCUCUCGCAGACUCUAGCAGAAGAAGAGGAGAAAGCAAAGCACUUAUCAAAACUGAAAGCUAAACAUGAAGCGACAAUUGCCGAUCUUGAAGAGAGGCUCCUCAAGGAUCAUCAGCAACGUCAAGAGGUAGAUAGAUCCAAGAGGAAGGUCGAAACUGAAGUUUCAGAUCUAAAGGAGCAAUUAGCCGAGAGGAAAACGCAAGUUGAAGAACUACAGCUUCAGCUUGGUAAACGCGAGGAAGAACUCAAUCAAGUUAUGGCAAAAAUGGACGAAGAAAGCGCUGCUAAGGCGCAAGCUCAGAAAGCGCUCAGGGAAUUGGAAUCACAAUUAGCCGAGCUUCAGGAAGAUUUAGAAGCCGAGAAAGCGGCUAGAGGUAAAGCAGAGAAACAGAAGCGUGAUCUAAAUGAGGAACUUGAAGCGCUGAAGAAUGAAUUGCUCGAUUCUUUGGAUACUACCGCAGCUCAACAGGAAUUAAGAAGCAAACGAGAGCAGGAACUUGCGACUUUGAAAAAGAAUCUAGAGGAGGAGACUUCAUCGCAUGAAGCUAUACUCGCUGACAUGCGUCACAAGCAUACACAAGAAUUGACUGCUUUGAACGAACAAAUGGACGCGUUGAAAAAGACGAAGGCAGCUUUAGAGAAAGCGAAAGGCUCCUUGGAAGCCGAAAACGCCGAUCUAGCGACGGAAUUAAGAUCGGUCAGCGCAAGCAGACAAGAAUCCGAUCGACGUCGUAAACAGGCAGAGCAACAAUUGGCGGAAAUAAAUGCGAAACUGGCUGAAGUAGAGAGAAACAAGCAAGAAUUGGUCGAAAAAGUUACAAAAUUGCAACAAGAAGCAGAAAGCGUGAUGCAGCAACUAGAAACUGCCGAAUUGAAAGCUUCUGCAGCAUUGAAAGCAUCAGCCACCUGCGAAUCACAAUUUACCGAACUUCAACAACAGUUAGAAGAAGAAACCCGACAGAAAUUGGCUCUUAGUUCGAAGUUACGUGCAUUAGAAAGUGAGAAAGAAAGUCUGCACGAUCAGCUUGAAGAGGAGGAAGAAGCGAAACGUGCCUUGGACAAGCAAGUGCUAAGUUUGAAUAUACAACUGGCCGAGGCCAAGAAGCGCGCGGACGAGGAAGCAGAAGCGGCUGCUGCUCUUGAGGAGAUCAGAAAGCGUUGCAUGAAAGAUAUUGAGGCUCUUCAGCGACAAGUCGAGGAGUUACAAGCGGCCAACGACAAAUUGGAUAAAUCGAAGAAGAAGAUUCAGGCAGAAUUGGAGGAUAGUAUCAUUGAGCUGGAGGCGCAACGAGCGAAAGUACUCGAGUUGGAGAAGAAGCAGAAGAAUUUCGACAAAGUGCUCGCCGAAGAGAAGGCUGUAUCCGAACAGUAUGCGGAGCAAAGGGACGCCGCAGAGAGAGAAGCACGUGAAAAGGAAACAAGAGUGUUGUCUUUGACUCGCGAAUUAGAUGAACUUAACGAGAAGGUUGAGGAAUUGGAACGAGUCCGUCGAGGUCUGCAAUCGGAAUUAGAUGAAUUAGUAAAUAACCAAGGUACGGCUGACAAAAAUGUUCACGAAUUAGAGAAAGCGAAACGCUCAUUAGAGUCGCAAUUGCAAGAGCAGAAGUCACAAGUAGAAGAGUUGGAAGAUGAGCUACAGUUCACUGAAGACGCUAAGCUGCGGUUAGAAGUGAACAUGCAAGCAUUGCGAGCACAGUUUGAGCGCGAUCUCCAGACCAAGGAGGAGCAAGCGGAAGAGAAACGUCGAGGAUUGGUGAAGCAGCUGCGUGAUCUCGAGGCGGAGCUUGAAGAUGAGAGGAAACAGCGUGCCGCGGCUAUCGCUGCGCGUAAGAAAAUGGAAGCAGAUUACAAGGACAUCGAACAACAGUUGGAGAUGCAUAAUAAAGUGAAGGAAGACGCACUCAAACAAUUAAAGAAACUUCAAAUUCAGAUCAAGGAUUGCACCAGAGAAACGGAAGAAGCCAGGGCCGCCAGAGAUGAAUUGGCAACUGCCUCGAAGGAAACCGAAAGGAAGGUUAAGAGCUUAGAAGCUGACUUGUUGCAAUUGACCGAGGACUUUGCCAGUAGCGAACGUGCCAGAAGAAUUGCCGAAAAUGAAAGGGACGAAUUGCAGGAAGAGGUCAAUAACAAUGCCAAUAAAGGUACUUUGAUGUUGGAUGAGAAACGUAGACUGGAGGCGAGAAUUGCCACUUUAGAGGAAGAACUGGAGGAAGAACAAUCGAACGCCGAGAUUGUGAUGGAUCGUGCCAGAAAGAGUCAGAUUAUGAUCGAACAGUUGACAACAGACUUGGCGACCGAACGAUCUACCACGCAAAAGUUGGAGUCGCACAAGAUGCUGCUGGAGAGACAAAACAAGGAACUUAAGGCUAAGUUGACCGAGCUAGAGACGGCGCAACGUGCAAAGACCAAGGCUACGAUACAGCAACUGGAAUCGAAGAUCAAUAAUCUCGAUGAGCAGCUCGAGACCGAAGCCAAGGAGAGAUUUGCCCAGCAAAAGAUCAAUCGCAAAUUGGAAAAGAAAUUGAAAGAAUUGAAUUUGCAACUGGAGGAUGAGAGACGAAAUUCAGAUCAGUAUAAAGAACAGGCGGAGAAGGUCAAUAUCAGGAUGAAGGCAUUGAAGAGACAAUUGGAUGAAGCGGAGGAAGAGAUUAGUAGGCAUAAGACAUUAAAACGGAAAGCACAAAGAGAAAUGGACGACUUGAUAGAAAUGAACGAGGAGCUCAAUCGAGAAAUGACACAAAUGAAGAAUAAAUACAGGCGCGGCGGUGGUCCUCCGAUAAGCUUGAGCUCCACGAGGCUGAAACGCGGUUCCGUGCAGACCGGCGGCUCGGGCGACGACUCGACGACGCAGGACGAGAGCAUCGACGGCGAGGAGAAUGUUAAUUGAGUAUCAGUCCAAUGUACUCUCGAACUUCUGUGAAUUAUGUAUAUACGUGCGUCGAGAAAAGGUGUUGGCUUUUUUGUUCGAUUCGGCGUGUUACGCGGACUGUCAAAUUGACAUCGGCGCGUCGCGAGUACAAGGACUAACUCCACGAGAUUAAAAUCAAAAGUCGUUUCGACAAUAUACCGUGGCGUUUCCAGCCUUAAGAUUAAUCAUGAUGGAAUAACGAUCUCCCCCUCCCUGGGGGAAACUUAGUUAACCGAUACAAUGCCGAUGAUUGAAGAGAAAGAGUCAAGGGGCGCGAAACAGCGAAAAAUAAUAAGAAUAAUCGAAUGAAGGACUUUUGAUACAUUUUAUAUAGAACGAACGCAAACGUUGAUUGCAUUUUACGUAUAUAUAAGAAAGAAAUAGUGUGUAUGUGUGUGAGAAAGAAGAGAGGGGUAAAAUAAAUUUGGAGAAGGAAACUUGA